CCAUAACAUUCAUCAUUUGAAUGAUACCAGAGAGAGAAAUCUAGAGAGAGAAGGUGAUCAAUAUCUUUGUAUUGAAACCAUGGUUUCCUUCCACACACCCCUCUCACCAACUAAAAGAAACACAAUUCCAGAGCUAAUUGAAAAUCUAUCGAAGAAGAGAAAAUUGGAAGACACUGAAGUUGAAGAGGUCCUCCAGAGCCCAUUCAAAGCCAAAAGCCUCAAAUCCACCUUUAAAACUGAUCAGCUACGCCUAGAGACUCCCUUGCCUUUGGACUGGCAACGAUGCCUCGAUAUUAAGUCUGGACAUAUACACUUUUACAAUACAAGGACUCAUAAGAGAACGUCAAAGGAUCCAAGGUUAAGCCCAGAGCCACCAAGUAGUCCUAGCCAUAUGAGCUUAGACCUCGAGCUCAACCUCCCAUGUGGAUCAGUCACCAAGAACCCUAAUUCCGGUAGUAGCUCCGUGAACGACGACAUUGAUGAUGAUGAUGAUGAUGAUGAGAGGUUGACGGUGAAUUCAACCAUGAAGAAGAAGAAGAAUUCGGGGGGACUAACACGAAUUCCGUCGUGGUUGGCGUUCGAAGGAGGAGAUGAGAGGGAGAUGGUGACUGCAGUGUGCAAGAGGUGUCACAUGUUGGUGAUGAUGUGCAAGUCUUCUCCUGCAUGCCCAAAUUGCAAAUUCAUGCACCCCAUCACCACCACCACUGAUCAAAGCCCUUGCAACUCAUCAUCAUUCAACCAUGGACUUAGCCUCUUAUGUUAAUUACUCUACUAGUAAGAAAUUAAUCAGAAUUUCUAGUGCUCCAAAUUAAUGUUUUUUUUUAGCAUUAAUUUAUGUCACAUAUAUAUGCCACAGCCAGCUUUGUCAUGGUAACAGUUAUACUUGAAUUCUGCAAAGCUUUUUAAUUAGUUGGAUAAUUAAGUA